UUUCUCCUACUUCUCCAUUAAGCAACUCUGUCUCUUGCUUAUCACACGACAGAAGACAAACCAAAACACCAUGGAAAAACACGACGACGGGAUCGACAACCUGGACACCACCUCUUCGUGGACCUCCGCCACAACAUGGACCGUUGCAGGUGGUUCCCUCACGAAUUGCGUCUCCUUCGAAUCCUCCUCCUCUCUGAUCGACGACGACACUCCGAAUUCCACACCUACAUCCACUCUUAUUCUGCACCCUCCGUCACCCGAUUCGGGCCCUUGCGAGAUCACCAUUAAUUUCACACAAAAACAUGAUAUCCAGCAGGUUUAUGUUCGAAGUACUGCCCGAGAAUAUGAGAUAUACUAUGCACCUGAUAUACAGAGUGGCAAUGAAUAUCUCUGCACUGUUCUCUGUGGCAUUGCUGCCCGAGAUGAACAAAUGCUUCACACAGGUGAUAAUGAUCAAGUUUGUCCUGCAAAUUCAAAUGAGUCGCUUAAGGACCCAUCCGAAGCUAAGUCAAGAAAUGGAAAUAGUCCGAACAACAGUGAAGAUGACUGUGUUGAAGUGAAAGUCUUAGAUACUAAAGUGCUUGAUAACAAAAUCAAUUUGUCGCAAUUGAAGUUGGGAUCUGCACAGGAUUUUUAUGAAGCUACAGCACAGAUUAGUGAUGCAAGUCCUUGUGUAUCCCUCACACUUCAUCUACUGUCGCUUGAGGGGAAAGAUUGUGUAUGUGUUGGUGAGGUUUAUGUGUUUGCUGAUCCUGUGGACUCAUCUGAUUCAGAGAACCAAGUUAGUGCGGUGGAAAACUCAGCUGGGAGUUCUCUAAUGGCCAUGCUUGUGCCUACCCUUUUGCAAUUCUCUAAAACAAGGGGUGCUAACCGAACACAGGACAAGCCAAUUUCUGAUACAUGGGGAAAACAGAACUCUCUAGCGACUGGGUCAAAAGAAACUGAUUCUACCAGUGUUGCAACUAAGAUUCAGGAACGAGGAAAAGCCAGCAUACCUGAUCACCAAGAAGUAAAGAUUCCAGAUUUUAAUAAGGCUAGUACUAGUACUGCCCAGGUAUGUAUCCCGUCAGGAGUUGAAAGCGAUGUGGACCAGCUUUAUUCUCGAAUGGGCAGAAUAGAGGAUCUGUUUUUGAGGUUUGAAGAAAAGAUGCUAAAACCGAUAAACAGGAUUGAGGCAAGGCUUGAAAGGGUAGAGCAGCAACUUGAAGUACUGGCGAACAAAUCACAGAAUUCUGGAUUGCCAACAUGCACAAGAUUCUACGCUUCUUCUUUCUCAUGCAAUGAGUCUGAGUCUAACUCUUGCUAUAAUAGUGGAAAUGAUUACUACAGUUGUGAGGCAUUUGAAUCAGGUAAGGACAUUCAACCAGAUGCACCCCUGAUCACAGCUUAUGAAAUGUCUGCUUCAGUAAAUUCCACCCAUUCGCUUCCAAGUCUGGUAGUAACUGCUCCUGAAUUUUUUAAUGGUGAUGAUGACGAGGAUGACGAGGACAGCGAAGAUCAUGGAUCAGAAGUAGUGAUAGGUUCAUCAGAAAAACCAAGGCCUGCUUUGACAAUUGAUGAUGCUCAAACUCUUUCGGUUAAAGCUCCUGAUGUUUUAAAUGAAGAAGAUGGUAACGUUGAGAGGAAAGAAUUGACAAGAGAGGAACAUGAAGUAGGCACAUAUUCUUCCAUGUGCCUUGGUGAAACUGAUGUGACAGAAUACAUAAAGGGUUCACUUGCUGAUUUGACGAAAAGUUCUUCAGAUGGUGAGGGGAAUGUGAUAAGAUCACCUAAUGAUGAGCACACUGAUCAAUCACUCAGAGUCGAUGGGCCGGACCAGCAUUCUGAGGGUGGAGAAGAAGAAACACUUGAUGAUUACAAGAGCAUUGAGAAUGCAGUUGAUCCAGCCAAUGGUGGCAUGUCUAGAACUGAUUUUUGUCAGAUAACUGAAGAUAUCGAAAAUGGAGAUGUCAGCAUUGAGAUAAGCAACACGCCAGACCCUGAUAACACCGAUGUUCAAAACCAGUUGCCUCAACGUCAGACUGAUGAUGGAUAUGAUGACACGGAGGAAGAUGCUGAUCGAGAUUCUGAUUUAACUCUUCCAAAGGAAGUGACAGAAAGAGAAUUCCCACAAAGAUACUUUGAAGAAUAUCCUCGAAUUUUCACAUGCUGCUUCUGUGGUGGACUUUGAAAUUCCGGUUCUAAAUUCACUUCUCAGGACAGUUGCGAUUUUUCUCUGGAAGCCCUUUUAGCUGAGUUUCCAGAAUCAGUGACCGAAGCUCCUGCUUUCAAGGAAAGUGAUGACGUGCUCCCUAUUGGCGCCGAGGGCUGCGAUUUGAUUUUGGUUGAGGAUGGGGAGCCAGUUGGUGCCCCCCCCCGAUGGCAAUUUUUCUGUGGACAUGAACUUAUAUAGUCUCGGAGGACCUUCAAGCCUGUGGGGUGACCAUACAUGCAAUAGCCAUGAGACAUUUGCAGCAAGUCUCAUUUGAUAGUGCAUAAGUCUGUCCACAACUUUGUUGAUAUGUACAUAAAUUUGAGCUACUGAAUCUACUGAUUGUCUGUUUC